AUGGCUUCAGGAAGAAUUUGUUUAUGGCUUAUAUUUAUGAUUAUUACGCACUCGAUUGGAGAAGAUACACGAUCAUUUCUGAUGUCUUUAAUGACUGGUUCGAAAUUUGAAUGUACAAAUACACCUUGCUUACCAUUCGCUAAUAUCAUUACACCGACUAUUAUGAAGUGUCAAAUGGCCUGUUUAGCUCAAACUUUUUGUAGAGCAGCCAGUUUUCAUCAAUCAACUUCUAAUUGUGAAUUAUUUAGUGAUAUGUCAAAUACAAUUGCAAAUAUGGUGACUGAUAUCGACAUUAUUAGUAUGAUUGUUAUUACUGGAACACGAUUUCCACCUGAAUCGACUACAACAACAGUAACAACAACGUCGGCAACAACCAUAACUACCACAACGGCAACAAUAACUACAACUACAACCAUAACCAUAACCACCAUCACCACUACAACAACAACAACAACAACAACAACAACCAGCACAACUACAACAACAACCAGCACAACUACAACAACAAUCACAACUACAACAAUAGCUACAACAGCAGCAUCAACAGUUCCUCCUUGCAAUACUGUUUGUUGUGCUGCGGUUACUAAUUGUCAUCUUUGUACUGAUCCUAAUUAUGGUACUGUUUAUUGUAGUUAUGGUUCUGCUUAUAAUGUUUAUUAUAUUUAUUCUCCUGGUGGUUAUAUUCCUUCUAACGCUGCUGCUGCUGCUGCUGAUUGUAAUGCUGAUAAUACUGCUAAUAAUGGUGGUGGUGAUGCUUAUGAUGAUGGCGGUUGUAGUUAA